UUACAGACCCCAGAAAGAACAUUGGAAGCUCCAGAUCUUGUGGAUGAUUUUUGCUUGAAUCUUUUGGAUUGGGGAAGCAGCAAUGUUCUUGCGAUUGCUCUUGGAUCAAUAGUGUAUCUGCGGGAUGCUACAGAUGGUAAUACAUUAGAACUUGUGACUGUAGAUGAUGAGAGUGUCCCAGUGACUAGUGUCAGAUGGGCACCUGAUGGACGUCACCUUUCAGUUGGUCUAGACAACGCUGAUGUCCAGAUUUGGGACUUGGCUGCUAACAAAUUGUUGCGAACCAUCAGAGGUGGUCAUCAAUCGCGGGUUGGUGCAUUGGACUGGAACAACCGCAUUCUCACUACAGGAGGAAUGGACUCCCGGAUUGUAAACAAUGAUAUUAGAGUCAGAUCACCCAUAGUGGAAGCCUACUCUGGCCACCACCAAGAAAUUUGUGGCUUAAAGUGGUCAGCCUCUGGUCAGCACUUAGCCAGUGGUGGAAAUGACAGUCUUCUUCACAUUUGGGACAGAUCCAUGGCUUCUAGGAAUGCCCCAACUCAAUAUCUUCACAGGUGCGUGGAUCACCUUGCAGCAGUGAGAGCCCUUGCUUGGUGCCCGUUUCAAGAUAAUCGUUUGGCUUCCGGAGGUAGUGAGGGGUGUAUCAAAUUUUACAACACAAGCAAUGGUGCCUGCUUGAACUCUGUUGACAUAGGGUCACAAGUGGGUGCACUUGGGUUUGCACAGAACCAGUUGACUCUGUGGAAGUACCCGUCAACGGUUAAGAUGGCUGAGCUUACUGGCCAUACUUCAAGAGUUCUUUUCAUGGCACAGAGUCCAGAUGGAUGUACAGUUGCAUCUGCUGCAGACGAGACAUUGAGAUUAUGGAACGUUUUUGGGAUCCCUGAGGUGGCUGCUAAAGCUGCACCUAAAGCGUCCCCCGAACCAUUUGCUCACCUUAACCGUAUGCGUUAGUUAACGAAUACAGUUCAGGUGAGUUCUGAGGCAGUUGCACAUGUGGAGUACAUAGUUGACAGUUGGAGAUCAAGAUGAAAAGCUAGCAGAGGGUAUCAAGCUAUAUGCUAUUCCAACAAUACAAACCUCGAAGCAAGUACUUGGUGAUCUUGUCACGGCAUGAGAUGUACUUAUAGCAUCUCUUUUAUGUGAGGUCAGAGCUUGUUAUGGUUAGUGAGUGGAAUGCUUAUUAUUAUUACCUGUUGGUGAUUAUAGGUGUAUGCAAAGGUUGAAAAGACAUUUUUUUUUACUCAAAGAAAAUAGGAUGCUG